AUGUUCUCACCCGAAUAUUUCUUUUCGGGACUUCUUCCCGAUUUUAUCGUUCGUUCUUCUCUCUUUCAUUGGAUGUGGUAUUAUACAUGGACAACGGUGAUCGGAACUACAUUUUUAUUUAUUUAUUUGAGAAUGUUUUAUUUUCCUCAACAACGAAAGACGAGCAGAACUCGGAAUGGAAUUUCCAACGAUCAAAUUGUGGUUGGAUUUAUGCACCCGUAUAGUGAGGGAUGUGCUGGAGGAGAACGAGUAUUGUGGUGGAUUAUUAAAGCCCUGCAACAAAUGAGAGAUGAUGUAACCGUGGUGCUUUAUACCGGGGUGCCAUCGGAAGGAAAUCAAAAUAUUACAGAACGUGAAUAUGAACAAAUUCUAGCUGAAAAGGUCAAGAAAAUAUUCAACAUUACUUUGGACAAACCUGUGAAAGUUGUGUUCUUGUAUAAUAGAGAUAUUCUGGAAGAAGCUUCUAAAACAAGUUUUACUCUUUUGGUACAGAGUAUAGCAAGCGUGUUACUUGGAUGGGAAGCAGUUAACUUCUUUACACCUGAUGUUUAUAUUGAUACACACGGCUUGCCAUUUACAUAUUUCGUUGCAAAAUUAGCAGGAUGUCGAGUUGGCUCCUAUACCCACUAUCCUACAAUUAGUACAGACAUGCUCGAUCGAGUUGUUAAACGAGUAACAGCUUACAACAAUGAUACAAGCGUAUCGAACAGUGAUUUAAAAACCAAUUUAAAGCUAACCUAUUACAAGCUCUUCUCCAUGCUGUAUGGAUUUUGUGCUGGAUAUUUUUGUGACAUGGUAAUGGUUAAUUCAACAUGGACCUACAACCACAUCAAAUCAUUAUGGCAUUUACGACAGAGAAAGACAAAAACUCGUUUGAAUAUUCAAAUUGUGUAUCCACCAGUGAAUGUGGACCAUUUGACAACACUUCCACUCAGUCAUGAAUCAAGAUUACCUAAUAUUCUUUCUGUAGGGCAAUUCAGGCCAGAGAAAGAUCAUGCCUUACAAGUCAAAGCCUUUUCUAGAUUCCUCAAGCAGAAAGAAUAUGAAUUUUCUAACGAUUCUCGUUUUAAGAAAUCUGAUGUGAAAUUAAUAUUAUUGGGAGGUUGUAGAAAUGCUGAGGAUCAACAACGUGUAGACUAUUUGAACAAAUUGGCCGCUGAGCUUGAAAUUCCACAGUCACAAUUCGAAAUCAUUACAAAUGCUCCAUUUUCAGUGCUCUUACAAAAGCUUGGAGAGUCCAUGAUCGGCAUCCAUUCAAUGUGGAAUGAACAUUUCGGAAUUUGUGUGGUUGAAUACAUGGCAGCAGGUUUAAUACCACUGUCCCACAACAGUGGUGGUCCAAAAUCAGACAUUAUCACUCCUGGAGAGACAGGCUUUUUGGCUGAAACAGAAGAAGAAUAUGCCAAAAGCAUUUACGAAAUUCUCUCCAAGUAUGACACUCCAGAAAUGGAGUUGAUGCAAGAAAAGGCUAGAGAAAGCUCAAACAAAUACUCUGAAGAAAAAUUUAUUGUCGAUGUAAAAGAAUGUCUCCACGAGAUUUUAAUAUAA